AGUGUGUCUGUAACCGUCUGGGCAGCGAUCCGUCCAGCUGUCCGUCCUCCACUGACUGUCACUGCGAGCGCAGCAGCGGUCAGUGUCGCUGUCUGCCCAACGUUGUUGGCCAACACUGUGACCACUGUGCCGCCGAUACCUGGAACAUGGCAAGCGGCACCGGCUGUCAGAGCUGCGACUGUGACCCCAAACACUCAUAUGGGACGUCCUGCAACGAGGUCAGCGGUCAGUGUUCCUGCCAGCCGGGUUUCGGAGGGAGGACCUGCAGUGAGUGCAGAGAGCUGUUCUGGGGCGACCCGGAAGUCAAAUGUCACG